AUGUCUGGAAGGUGUGAACUGAGUGAGUUUCAACGUGGAGAAAUUAUCGGAGCGUGGAAAAUGGGCCAUAAGGUAGCCGACAUCGCCAAAGUCUUAGACCGUCGGUACACUACUGUCAAAGAUACUAUAGAACGUUAUAAAACUCAUCUUACUGUAACAUGUACCAAACGUAGUGGCCGACCACCGAAGUUAGAUGAUCGAGAUAUAAGACAUUUAGUGAAUGAUUUAAAGAAAGAUCGUGCU